AAUUGAAGCAAGUUGUGUUCUGUCUCUCUGUCCUAAGAGUCCGCCGUUGUAAAACUCGUGUUUUGUUUCCACCGUCUCUCCCGUGUCCUCUCUCUCCUCACAAAUAGAUAUAAAGAUCAACAUAAUCUCAAUCCAUAUACAUCAUCAAUUCUUAUUCUUACAACAUGAAGCUACAGCAAAAUUGUGACUUGGAACUUCGUCUUUUUCCCACUUCUUAUGAUUCUGAUUCUUCAGAUACAACCUCUGUUGUAGAAUCAACCAGUUCUGGAAAUCCACAACCAAAUGAAGAAUCUCAAAGAAUAACAAUUUUCUACAAUGGAAAAAUGUGUUUUUCUUCAGAUGUUACCCAUCUUCAGGCAAGAUCGAUAAUAUCGAUCGCAAGCAGAGAAAUGAAAACCAAGUCAUCCUCAAACGGGUCGGAUCCUCCAAACAAGUCGACCUCAUUUCAUCAUAAUCAGCUUCCAAAUCCAAAAGCAUCAAUGAAAAAAUCUCUCCAAAGUUUUCUUCAGAAACGGAAAAUUCGAAUUCAAGCUACUUCACCGUACCAUUCACGACGAUAAUGAUCAUUUUAUUUUAUUUAGCAGUUUUUUCUUUGUUUGAUAUAAUCCUAAUGGACUAUAAUUGUAAUGUUUUUUUUUUACUGAUUAGGGAAUUACUCCUAUUUAUAUUAUAUGAUUCAUCCGAAGAUCGAUUUUGAAAUCUGAUUUUUUUGUUCGUAUAUGUUUGAUAAUCGUGACUAAUAUAUACAUUAAACCAAACCGAUGUUCUUUUUGUAUAAAGUAUGUAAAAUAGUACGAACUAGGUUU